CGGUGGGUCUUGCGUAUGAAGUUAGUUGUCAGUUAAGCUUGACUAUCAUAUCCAUUUGCGAUAUAUAACAGUUGGCGACGAGUUUCCAACUCGGAUACAGAAGGCCCGUUUGGCAUUUGCCGACUUGCGUCCUCUAUGACGCCGGCUGUCGAGAUAUCUGACUAUCCAUCAAAGGGAAAGUAUGCUGUACUGCAGUCCGCCCUGUCCUAUUGUACGGCUGUGAGACAUGGUCAUUAAAAGUAGAAGACACGCAGCGAUUACUAGGUUUUGAUCAGAUUUCUUCGUAACAUUGCUCGCGCAUGAUGAAACCACUAUGUGAGCAAUGUUAAGGUCAGGUGAAUCGUACUAAACGAGACAGGCGAGUCGAUUAAUGAAGUUGUCUACCUUAGUCGACUGAGAUAGCCUGGAUAUGUACUGAGGAUGCCGAGCGACCACCAACCUCGAUGUGCCAUGCUAGGGCAAGUUGGACUAGGAUGGAAGAGAGUUGAGGAUGAUUAGACCAAGACCUGGUACCAAUUGAUCAAGUCCCUGACUGACGUUAUGAGCGAUUUGGGGAGAUGUAGACUUCCUGGUCGGGGUCCUCGAGACGAAACGAAUUAGUGGUUGAGGACUGUUAGUGACAUGGUUGAAAACCAGUCACAGUGGUGCGGAUGUAUUGACUCUUUGAAAUCUUCCACAGCUUUAAUAUUUGCACUAACUGUUAUCUUCAAACUGUUCAUUCUGUCACACAACUUCGCUUACUUUACAAUCACUUAUUCUAUCCACCUUAGUACACUACUGUGAACUAUGGUAACUUGAUUCGAUGCACCUGUGUAGGAGGUGCUAUGUUGAUUUUUUCAGGCAGUUAUCAUGCUAACAGCGAUAGUCGAGCUCCUGAAAGUUUUUUAUCUCCUCCCCAUUCAGUGAUCAUAUUUCAGUGCGAUUGAGUAGGAUGUAGCGAAGUGCGAUGCAGAAAACUAGACGCUUAAUAGGCGUUUGGAUAAAAAUUUUGUAAUUUGACAAAAGUCUGGUGAGCUGUAGAUCUUAGAUAACCGAGUUUUGACUUCGUAUUUCCACUUUAUAUUUUGCAUCUAUAGUACAUGGGUUAUUCAGUUUUCGCAACAGUUAUAAAGCGUGUUUUGUCGUUACUUAAAAAUUCAUGUCGGAUAAUAAAUAAUAUCAUUCGAGAGCUGCUACCUUAAUAUGGUGGUCUCGGGUAACUAUCGCGAUUACUUAACGAGCUUAUGCUUUCUGAAAGGAUUGUCCCUUGAAGUUCCACCAUGUCAAAAAAGUCUGUUGGGUAGUUGUAAAACGAAAAAGAACUCAGUCACAGUGUAAAGAGCCCACGCUUUAGUGGAGAGUCAGGGAUCGAAGCCGUACUGUUGGACGAAGUAAGAUGUUUCUUAUGAAUGACCACCAUUCCAUGCUGAUGCGUCGAGACAAGGGCUUAGAAAAAAUCGGCUGUAAAAUUUUUGGGCUGUUUCCUGCUUUACGGUCUCACGCUGCCUGCAAAAUGUACCUUUUUGUGCAAGUGUAUCACAAUUAGGCCAAAUGCGAAACUUUCUUCGCUCUCCCACCCAGUAAAAGUUCAUAGUGUUCAAAAUGUGAAAGUUUGUGCCAAUAUAUUUAGGCCAUUGAUUGGCUUAGAGCUAUUUUCAACAUUAUACUUUUAUAUUAAUGGUGGAUAGUGACUAGCAGUGAAACCCAGGACGCGCGUUUCGUCCUAUGUAGAACUCGUCAGCCGGAUGUAUCUGCUUCUCAGUGACUGAUGUUAUUCCCACCAAGACUCAAACCCGGGAUCAAUCGCUUCAAACUCCAGACCUUUGUCCACUGGCCCAAUGAGCCAUGAUAGCCACUUCUUAUGCGACGGCCACAGUUUAUAUGGUGUUGUUUGUAUUAUCUCGUCGUUGAUUGAACCGAGUUGAUCGGUCUGUUUUGGCAUAGGAGCUCCUGCAUCGGUACCUCGAUAGUGGAGCAUUACCCGAAAACGUACGUGUUUUGUGUUUUUAUUGUGGGUGAUGGUUACUAGCUACUUCGUUAUUAUUUAUUCAGUCACGUGUUGAAUUGAUCUAGUCCUCAUUGAUGACUAGCUUCAAGAGAGAAUUCCCGAAAUCCUAAUGAGAACUUAUGACCGGUAGGGCCAACCAAAAUUUAGAAUGUUUUUAUUUACUCUCAUUUACUGGAAAAGUCACUUCUAUCUUAUUUUGUUUCUUGAUUUAUGUAAUUAUUUUGACUCAAGACUCUGUGACAUUUUAGCCUUUAGGUCUUUAUCUAUAUAAAAUGGAUACACGUUUUAUUGCGGCUUUGUCAAUAUGGAUUCAGAAACCUCAAGUUGUGCACAAAGAUGUAUUCGCUUCAUCUAUUGUUUCUGAAUGUGGUGAAUCCUGUGUAAGGGUUAUUUAUCCACAGUUACGUACUGGAAUAAAAGAAUUCACCGAAAUUAUAUCUAAAGGGAUGAUAUAUAAAUUUUCCUCUGACUUCGUAACCUACACCAUAGAGAUGAAUGAUAUUGGAAUCAAAGUUUCUAUAUCAGAUGAACUGCCUUGUAGCUUUUUUCAAAAUUCUUGGCUAAGGGACGUUCUUGAAAAAAAGCUUAACCUAUGGUAUUCUUGUGACACAAAAUUUAACAUUCCUUCUCUGUCACUCAUUGAUCGUCAUUUAUACCAAUUGGAGUAUGAACGGCUAAAAAGUGCUUAUGGAUCUAUCCUAGUUCAUAACUGGUCGGAAAAGACAGACCCAUUGAAAUUCGUGUAUGAAGAUAUUGGUAUUGCAUGCUAUUUGAUAUGCUUAUGGAAAAAUGAACGUGUGAACUUUGUCGAUCUUGGUUGUGGUAAUGGACUGUUAACAUACAUACUUUUAUCGGAAGGAUUUAAAGGUAUAGGAAUAGAUGUUCGAAAAAGACGUAUCUGGGAAUCUUAUCCGCCAAAUGUGCAACAAUGCUUGAAGGAACUUUCACUAAACCCAGAAAAUGAUAGUGGGUUUUCAGACGCGAAUUGGCUAAUUGGUAACCACAGCGAUGAACUAACCCCUUGGUUGCCGGUACUGGCUUGCAAAUCUGGACCAUCUUGCAAGUUAUUCGUUCUACCCUGUUGUCCUUAUGGUCUCUUUGGAAAGUUCAAUAUUCCUACAAAUUCACUUCCAUUUUUACCGGAAGGUGUGAAUGUUAACCAAAUUACUGAAAGUAGUCGAUAUGGGACAUAUCUUAAUUACAUACAACAGAUUCUUGCUAUUUGUGGAUUUAUCCCUGAAGUAGAUGCUCUUAGAAUACCCUCGACCAAGCGUAUGUGUAUUAUUGGUCGAUAUAUCAUCAAUUUAGAAUAUUUAGACAACGAUGUGUAUGCAGAACGUUUGUCUACUGUUCAAAAGUAUAUCAAUUUUGAACGCAAUUUGAUUGUAAAACCUGAAAAAAAGUUUAUUCCACGUUCACCUACUGAAAAAUCUUCCAAUUGUUCAAAUGUUUCUAGAUUAAUUCUCAAUAAUAUAUGCGAGAUAAUUUUUACAGCUUUAUUAAAUUGUCCACCGUGUAAAGAAUAUUUACAAUCUUUUAAUUUGAUAAUUUCUGAUGAAUUAAAAAUAAAAACUUUGGAUAAUCGCUGGUGGAAUCCUGGUGGCGUAUUAAGUUUAUCACAAUGUAGCAAACUUAUAUCGCUGGAUGAUAUGAAGCUGUUGAAAUCGCAAAAUGGUGGUUUGCAAACGGUCUUGAGAAACCAUCAUCAGUGCUUCCGAACUAUCAAGAAUAAUGUUCAAUUACGUUGGUUACCGAAUAACAUGAGGAGGCUGACAGAUUCAUCACCUGCAUUAGCCAAUCAGAAAAGUGGGAAAAAUCGCAAGACAAAACCCUGUUGGAUGCUACAUAACCACCCAGAUGGUUGUCCAUAUCCUUCUGAAUUUUGCGACUUCGCUCACAGUGAAAAUGAAAUAAUUUCAAACCAUUAUUUAAAAUAAUCACAGUCAAGAAUACAUAGAAAAAUUAUGUAAAUACUAAUAAAGGUUUUCGAAUAU